AUGCAAUAUGCGUGCCACCAGAAGAAGAUCGUCCUCAAGGGGCGCAAGCGUGGGGUGUACCUAGUGACGGCGGAGAUCAUGGCCCAGGCUCGAGAUCUUAUACAAAGCGUUCGCACCGGAGUAUGCUUCCUUUUUCUAAUGCACACCAGCGCCUCUCUGUCGAUAAAUGAGAACGCAGAUCCAACUGUACGAGAAGACAUGAAUGCUAUCAUGCAUAACCUGGUCCCUGACUCCUCCAACUAUCGGCAUAACUACGAAGGAGACGACGACAUGCCUGCCCACGCCCUGUCCACCCUUGCCGGAUGCUCCCUGACUAUCCCCAUCUCUGGUGGCACCCUUGCUCUAGGAACGUGGCAGGGGGUAUAUUUACUGGAGUACAGACACUUUGGGGGAGACAGGGAGAUCAUGGUGACUGUUCAGGGGGCCGCCGCAAAGUGA